AUGGCCCCCAGCAUAUCCCCAAACUCGGACAAGACCAAGAAGAGACCCAAAGUCAGAGGCUGUUAUCAAUGCUCGCGUCGGCGCAUAGACUGUGAUCGCCAAGAACCAGAGUGUGUCAAGUGUGUCACCAAAGGCAUCAAGUGCAGCGGCCUAGGUCUACGAUACCGCUUCAAUGAUGGUAUUGCUGCAAGGGGAAAGUUUGUCGGCAAGACUUUCCCAGUUGUAGAUAUACCAGUGACCCAAUCAACAAAAGGCAAUGACGCCAUAAUUACAAUCAACAGCCACCAAAGAGAUGACCCUUUCAGAGAGAGUGGCUACGAAAGGAUUGCCAAGAGUUCAGUUCAGACAGAUGAGGUAGUAGACGAUGCCACUGACACGACAGCCUUGGUGGUGCCAGAUAAUAGACCAAUAUCUAUCCACUGGGGUUUGGAUCACGUUGAUCCAAAGUCUAGAUUCUGUCUUGGAUACUCCCAACUAAUCGCAGUCAUCAACAUGGGCUUCAACGGCUACCGAGAUCUCAUCCUACCAAGAGCAGAAACAGAUCCCCUCGUACGAAAGGCGGUUCUUCUUGUCGUCGAACAACAUCUGUCCUUACAAAACGGCACCUCAAUAUCACUAGAUCCUGCAGCAUAUACUAGUCUCGUUCGAGAGCUUAUUUCACGAUCUCAUCAAUGCGCUCCUCAAGACGACGACUCAGCUCUCACAGCUUUACUUCUGUUGCAUAUUCGCGAGAUGAUCAGUGGCAGCGACAAUUUUAGACUUAUAUACGGGUCUUUGAGAGUUGUAGUUAACGCUCUUGCCGCAAGGUCAGAGGAUAAAAGGACUGAUCUCAGGACCUUUCUUCAAUUGCAAAUCCUCAGGUACGCCCAUCGCAAUCCUUAA